AUGGCGAAGGCUUACCCGGAGUUAUGCGCGUCAACACACGGAUCGGCAAAGAAAACAAAGGAACAAAUGUUACAUGAUACCUUUUUGGGAGCUAUUGACAAUGCAAUGAGUCGAAAGAUAAAGAGCGACAGUAAACAACGAGAUUUAAAUUUAACACAACUUUCUGAAGAAUUAGAUCGGCUCGAGCUAAUUUAUAAAACAACAGCGCCAAAAGUAAACCUCGAAGUAAACAAUUUCAAAACGACAGGGGAAGCAGACGAAAUAUCGUUAAGAAAGAUAAUCAGAGAAGAGGUAGCAGCCGCCCUAUCCAAAGAAAACGAUGGAAGUCGGGAAACGGAGGACGAAACAAAACGUACGGUCGGGUUCGUUGGAAAGAGAAAUUUCCCGCCAAAACCUAGGAAAUUUCCCGCCAAAACCGGUAAAAAUCAAGCGUGUUUCCACUGCCAGUCGCCUGAACAUUUUCGGAGAGACUGUCCAUUUAAAGAUCUUUGUCAACGCUGCUGGCAAAAGGGCCAUACAGCACCAUCUUGCCAUGCUACAAGCCCUCGCCCUUCGCCGUCUUUAAACUCCAAGGCGGCUGGGAACAAUCGUCAGCAAAAAUAAAUUCGUUCUCAGCCGCGAAGAAAUUUAUUACACUAACUGGUACAGUUGUUCAGUCUGGAAGCAGAGAGUUCAAGCAUGAGUUUAUUUGUGAUUCUGGAGCAGAGGUUUCAGUUAUUCCAACGGCGUUAGCACAAGAACAUUACAUGAAAAUUCAACCAACUACACGUCACGUAGAGAUGGCUAAUGGGACACACGCAGAAUGCAGAGGUGUGGUUCAAACAUCAGUUACGGUAGGGACAAAUAGUUGUAUAUUGAGUUUUUUUGUGGUAAGUGGUGUUCAAAACGGGAUUCUGGGCUUGGACUCUUUGGGAAAAUUGGGUGUAUCGUUGAACACAGGAAAAAAAUUGGCAACAAUAGAUGGGGCCCAACCUGUGUUACAACCGGAAGUAGAUACCCCUCAGGAAAUGCUAAAGUGUUGCUACAUACGAGUUGCGGAAAGUCGUGAUAUUAAGCCAUUUGAAGAAAUAUUCAUUUGGGGUAAAUUGGAAAAUAAGAAUGAAAAAUUUACUAGAGAUUCGUAUAUCGAAGGUACGGAACAUUUUCAGCAGAGAACUGGGCUUCUUACAGCCCCGAUAAAGAUUUCGGCAGAAAUGAUGAACGAUGAAAGUAAAAUCCCCAUAUGCGUACUAAAUACCACUGAUAAAUCAAUCAGAGUUUAUAGAGAACAAACUGCGGCCACAAUUCAGGAACUGCCAAGUACCCAAAACAUAGGACAUAUUUCAGAGUCAAAUAUGGGGGGAAAUAAUCCAUCAUCACAAUAUGACCCAGUUCCAGAAGUAUCAGUUGGUGAACAAUUGACAACACAACAAAGAGAAAACCUAGAAGUUUUAAUUCGAAAAAAUACACAAGUUUUCGACUACCCAGGAAACAGUGGGUUCACCACAACAAUAGAGCACACAAUACCCACAGCCGUAUCUGAUCCAAUUGUGUGCCACCCCAGACGACACAACCUGGGGUUAACACAAAAAAUUAAUGAAGCAGUAGGAAACCAUGUAAAGUCGGGACAUUUGACACCCUCUAAGUCCCCUUGGGCAUUUCCAAUUGUACCUGUAUUGAAACCAGAUAAAACAGUUCGAUUGUGUGUAGACUACAGACCACUUAACAAAAUUACCCAGAAUGACCCAUAUCCAACUGGAAAUUUGCAAAAGGUUCUAGACAAUCUAUCAGGUGCUAACUAUUUUAGUGUUAUUGACUUGGCCCAAGGUUAUUUGCAGGUCCCACUGGCCAAGGAAGAUCGACCAAAGACAGCGUUUCGAUCACCUACUGGGUUUUGGGAAUGGACAAGAAUGCCAUAUGGUUUAAAAGGAAGUCCGGCAACUUUUUCUCGGUUGAUGCAGAAGGUUCUAGGACACAUUCCACCACAUCGGUUGGCAUUGUACAUGGAUGAUAUCUGUAUUAUUAGCAAAACGUUUGAGGAACAUUUGGUAAAUCUCCAGGGAGUAUUUGAUGCAUUGCGACAGCAUGGAUUACGAGUUAAAGCUAAGAAAUGUGCUUUCGCAAUGAAAGAAGUGAAAUUUCUUGGACACAAAGUUUGCAACAAGGGUGUGCAGCCAGAGGAACAUAAAGUAAAGGCAAUUCGUGCAUGGGUUGCACCAACUUGUCUUAAAGAGGUGCAAAUGUUUUUGGGUGCAGUUGGGUGGUAUCGGAAGUUUAUCAAGGAUUUUAGUACAAUUGCUCGACCAUUAACAUGGCUUUUGGAGAAAGAUGUCACAUUCACUUGGGGUAAGGAGCAAGAUGAUGCAUUCAAUACACUAAGACAUGAGUUGGUUAAAGCUCCAGUAUUAGCCCAUCCUGACCCCACUCGACCCUUUGUUGUUACCACGGAUGCAAGUAAAGUGGGUCUGGGUGGUGAACUAUCACAAGAAGAUGCACAAGGACAAUUACAUCCGGUUGCAUAUUUCAGUCGUGCAUUGACCAAACGAGAACGUUCAUAUCCAACUUAUGACAGAGAAGUGAUGGCUAUGCGAGACACGCUUAAGCAUUUUCGGUAUUAUCUGUUAGGAGCACAAGUAGUGAUGAGGACCGACCACAAACUCUUCUAA